UCAAAGUGGUGCGAUAUUUUCGUUAUAGAGCGUAUCAAUAUUUUCGGAUGGAUUCCGUUUCUCCAACCCAAUCUUCGCAAGCAAUUCGCGAAAAAAUCGUUCGAAAAUCGUUUCCGAUGCGAUUAAUCAGAAAAUUAAGCGGCUCCAGUUUAAAGUCGCCUAAUUCGCGAUGUUCUUCCGGUUCCAUUCCGUCCACUCCAAGUACGCCCAAAAGCCCUUUCAGUUGCUACCGUUUCGAUGAAGAUAUUGUGGAGUUGUUCAGAAGAGCAGAACUUUCUUCGAGUCCACAUUCGGCUUCGCCCAAUUCCAUCACCAGUCCUGUGUUUGCAUCAUGUUGUCAUAAAUUGAG